GCUCUCGAAGCUUGCGCGCAGCUCGCCACAUCCGAGCUGAAAGGGGAAAGGAGGCCGGGCUGAGCUUUCACGCGUUCCCUCCAACUCUCUUGGUUUCCUCCUCCUCCCCGUUCUUAAGGCUCUGGCCAGCCCCUUUCGGAAGAUGGCCGGGCUAAACAGCAAGCCUAGCGCAGCGGAGGCGCCGAAAAGCAGCGGUCGAGGGCUCGUGAUUUCAGAUGAUUGGCCGGGAUAUAGUUUGGAUUUGUUUACAUAUCCACAGCACUACUAUGGAGAUCUUGACUAUGUGCUCAUACCGCAUGGAAUCAUUGUUGACAGGACAGAAUGCUUGGCCAAAGAUAUCAUGCAAGACAUUGGAUACAAUGACAUUGUGGUUCUCUGUGUACUUAAAGGUGGCUACAAAUUCUGUGCAGACCUUGUGGAGCAUAUUAAGAAUCUCAGUAGAAAUUCAGAAAGGUUCAUCUCCAUGAAAGUUGACUUUGUCAGACUGAAAAGUUAUCGGAAUGACCAGUCUAUGCAAGAUACACAGAUCAUAGGGGGAGAUGACUUUCCAAAGCUGGCUGGAAAGAAUGUAUUAAUUGUGGAGGAUAUCAUUGGAACUGGAAGGACGAUGAGAGCUCUCCUCAACAGUAUCGAAAAAUGCAAGCCCAAAAUGGUCAAGGUGGCGAGUUUGUUGGUGAAAAGAACAUCUCAGCCUGAUGGGUACAGACCUGACUAUUAUGGAUUUGAAAUCCCAAAUUUAUUUGUGGUGGGCUAUGCCUUAGACUACAAUGAGUACUUCAGAGAUCUAAAUCACAUAUGUGUUAUCAAUAACCAUGGCAAAGCCAAAUACAGAGUCUAACAAAUAACUGGCUAGCCUGAACUGGAAAUUUGAUGGUUCCCUUGAAGCAUAUCCUGAAGAACAAUUCAACUGACAUUCAUCUCAUUCAGGCUGGACUAAAAUGUGGUCUCCUCUUUGGAAGAAAGAAAGGCUUCUUCAUACUUAGCCCUCCUAAUCUCCUUGUGCUUUCCUAGUGAUAACCAGGACAACACAAAGACCAAGAACCCAUGGCCUGUUUUAUAAUUAGGUAUUAUAACAUAAUAAUUUAGUUAAUUUGUUAUAAUUAGUUAUAACUAUAAUGAGUUAUUAUAAGGUAGUAGGUGAGCUGACAUUUGUCUGUUUCUUUCACCCUUACUUCGUCCCAGUUAACAAUCCUCUUUGUGAACAAAUAGUGAGUACAAUUGCACUGUUCAGAAAAUCAUUCUGCGAUUAUUCAUGGCUUUGUGAGAUUGUGAUAGGACAUGAUGCAUCCCAGUGGUGCAUCUUGUUUCCAACUCUUUCAAAUAACGUUUCUGUACCUUCUUUUGAGACCUUCUAAAUUUUAACCCUACCUUUCCUUUCCUUGAAGAAGUUCAGCAUACAUCAGGGGUAAGGAACCUCAGGCCUGGGAGCCAAAUGUGACCUUCCAGGCCUCUCUAUCUGCACUCAGGCCUCUACACAGGCCACGCCCCCUCUUCAUAGGCCACAUCCCUCGCUGGCCUUCCUUCACACCCAAUUGCUUUUGCCUGGUUGGGCUCCUCCUAGGAGAAAAGGCGGAAUAUAAAUUUAAUAAAGAAAGAAUAAAAAUGAUAUAUGUGUCCUCGAA